AUGGAGUCCGACGAGGAUGAGAACCCUAAGAGUGACCCAAUACAGUACAAGCUCAAGCCCAACUAUGAAGUAGAAGCCGGACAAGUUAUAAGGGCCGGUAGUCCGAGAUUAGCAAGGAUUGACGUUUCCAUACCAGGGUUCCUCGCUGAUACAGACUUGCCUCCUAUUCAGUUACCCCCCCAACGUGUCUUUCCCCCAGUAGUUAUCCCAGAGGAGGAGGCCGGCUCUUCACAUUCAUCCUUAGAGGAUCAGAUAGACCAGUUCCAAUUUACUGAAGAAGGGGAGGCUUCGGUUAGAGUAGUAGAGAUCUCCGACUCUGACGCUGAUUUAGAUCGUGCCUCAGCGGCUCCUGGUACUGGUUUGGUCAUCGCACAACCUGAUAUCAGCGAGGACACAGAAGAAGAAGAAGGAAUGGACCUCCAACCGAGGACUGGCCUCAGGGGUCUUCUAUCCAACAGGUCCAAAGGGCAGACCUCCAUGGAAGUCUCGAAGGGACAGACCGUCCCCAAAGCCCCCGCUCCUCCUCCCCCUCCCUCGUCGGGUGCGGCGCUGAAGCCUAUGCCUAACCUAAGGCGAAAAAGGCCUGUAGAAGAGACGGAGGAGGGAGAGGUUGCCCGUGAGAAAGCCGGGCCUAAAAAGAAGGGCAAGGAAACAAAAGAGCCCCGAGAGAAAAGGACCAGGUCCACUGAGAGCCGAGAUGAGGCGGCCACUCUGAGGGGACCACGAACAUGGUCUCCUCGGAUCGAGCUAGAUGGCGCUCCAAUCCUCUGGGAUGUGACCCUAUGGGAGUCCCAGCGAGAGCAAUCUUCGUUCAUGGCCGAGGCGCUGCAGCAGCCUCUUCUCUUGCCCCGUGAUAUGGAAGGCCUUAGGAAGAUUCGUCAGCCAGAACUUUUCAUGGCCGCUGGCGAUCUCAAACGAGAUCUUGAUCGUCAGGAUAAUGAGCUAAAAGAGGUGAAGAAGGCCAAUGCGAAUGCAGAGGCUGGCCUGAAGAAUGCUGAAAAGCAAGCCGACGAGCUGCGCAAGCAGCUCCGUCACUCUGAGGAAAGACUGUCAGCGGAGCAACAGGCGGUUUCGGAGCUUAAGGUUGAGCUUGCAAGGACCAAGGAGGAAACUCGCUUGUCCAGGGAGGUUGCCGAGAAGGCUGUGGCGGCUUCGUAUGAACGUGGAGUUCACGAUAUUGAGGAGAGACUGGCCGAGGAAGUUGCCAUCGUUUGCAGGGAAUACGUCACCUCGACCUGGGGAUUGGCCAUGGAUCGGGCAGCCGUCCCCGCAGAUUCUGAUCUCAGGAAAGCUGAGAACAUCUUUUUCCCUGCGGAAAUACGUGAGAUUCCUGGCGAGGUCGCCUCCACUGAGCCUCUUCCAGCAGAUUCCUCCAUUCCCGAGACUGGGGGCACGGAGCAAGCUACGCAGGGCUAG